AUGUGCCAAGUCCGCGGUCGAUACUAUGAAUGCGGCCACUCGUUCCACGAGGUCGUGAAAUGCUGCCCCAAGUUCUAUGAGGGCCUGAAUGUCGCUCGCAAGAACUCGGAUCUGAAAGCGUACCGGUGCGAAGAACACAGAGGCAAGAUCGACAGGUGCAAGGGUUUGAGGCCCGUCAAUGGGAAAUCGCUAGUAGACGAAACUUCAAUGAUUCAUAUCAACGACAUACACGGCCCAUGGAGCGUCGCGGGCAGGAAGAUCAUUGGUGCCCACUGCGCGACGCCAAACUUCCUGGACUACCCACGUCUCAAGGGUGACUGCGCGAAUUGUCAGAAGGCGAAGAAGAGUUGGUUUACAUUUUGGAGAUGA